AAAGCUAUUUUUAGUCUUCCUCUCCCUUUUCCUUUUUCCCCCUUUUGCAUGGCGAUUUUUGUUGACUUUUUGGUGUAGAAUUGAGGAAAAGGGUUUGAAAAUACAUUUUCUGCCAGGUUUUGGUGAAUAUUCAUAAUUUUGAUGCGGAAGGAUACAAGAGUUGAGAGGUUGGUUACGUUGAAAUGUAGGGCCUGAAAUUGCAUGUUUACUUGUCUCUACUUCCAGCUUGUGUAUCUCAAGUUUUUCAUGAAGAACCUCAUACGUGCUUUUGGGCAAGUGGUUGCCACAUGUUGCUCCAUCUGUGGUAGAAAGCGUUCUACCCAACGAAAAUUUGGGAAAAAGUUAGAGCCGGUCUAAGAUACGAGAAUUAACAUUGGAGUCAAUGGGAAAUCUUUAGUGAUCUGUGUCCAUAUAACUCGCUAUGGGUAAGUUACUCAUAAGCAGGGAGUUAUUCAGCCAUAUUGAAUCUGUGCAAAUUAAGUUAUAUUUACGGAUUACUUGGAUAACUUAUAAUAUAAUAUAGGAUAAAGUUUGUAUCAUGAUUAAACGAAUGAAGUUUUCAGGGAACUGCGGAUCACCCUUUCCAUUAUACGCUGCAAUGAUAUGUGAAGUCCUCCAGAUAUCAGCUAAAAAUAUAUUUGAAGUCUGUAGUGGAAAAGCGUCUGGUUGAAAGAGAGUGUGAUGUUUCCCAGCACAAAAAGAACGUACAUAGGGAAUUGUGGGAUGUUAUGAUGGCCAUGUUAAUGUUAGAGAAUUGGUAUAUAAGCUCUUGUGAAAUAUUGGUGGAUAGAGGGUGUGUUCGGUUAGACCAUAUGAUCGACAGGUAUAGAUAAGGAGGAGCAUUUAUAGAGGUUUGUCCAGACUUUUGAAAAGUCAACAUGAGGAUAGGAGUAGUGUGAUGGUUUUCCAACAGAAAGGAUUUCAGUUUUAUCAUGGUUAAGUUUGGAGCCAGAUAUAGAGCCAAAUGUUUUGAAUUGUUCGAGGAGGGUGCUGUAUGAAGAAAGUCUAGAUAUUAUAGCAGAACAGUCAUCUGCAUGCUGAAAUAACUUAAUCUCUGAAGGGUGGUUAGGGAUCCUGAUGCCUUUUAUGAGGAUGUUUUUGUUUAUGUAUGAAGCAAGGGGGUUGAUACACAAUGAGUAUAGAAUCAUGGAUAGUGGACAUCCUUGACGAAUCGAUCGGUUAAUUUUAAUAUUUUGGGAAAAGGAUCCAUUUACUUGGACUUUACUAAUCAAGUUUUUAAACAAUAUUGUAACCCAGUUAAGGAUGAAAUUUGGGAAAUUAAUAUGUUUAAGUAGAUUUAUGAUAUAGUUGUGUUCAAUGAGAUCGAAGGCUUUUUCUUGGUCAAAUGAUAAUAUAUAGGCACUGGACUCAUUUGUGUUUAUAUAAUUUAGUAUUGUAUCUAUUGAAUAUAGGUUAUCAAAAAUGCUUUUAUUUGGUCCAGCUCCUGUUUGUGUAUUAGAGAUUAAUUUGUUAAUAACAGAAUUUAUUCUUGUGCUUAGAAUUUUUGUUAUGAUUUUAUAGUCCACACAUAACAGGCUUAUCGGUCUAUAGUUCUUGAGUAAUCGAUGGUCGCCUUUAUUCUUGUAGUUAAUUGUUAUGAUACCAGUUCUCAUUGUGUUAGAUAAUUCCCCCUGUAGAUAGAUGUUGUUUAAUACUUCUGUUAAAUCGUUUCCUAUAAUGUCAAAGAAUUUUAUGUAGAAAUCUCCUGGAAUACCAUCUACACCCGGGCUACGGUUUGUUCUAAAUUUUUGUAACGCCUUAAGGACUUCAUGUCUAGAUAUAAAAUGUGAUAUUGAAUCUCUUUCCGUGUUUGUUAGUGUGUUUAUGUCACUGUGUUCGAUAUAGGACUUCAUGAAGUUAUCAUUAAUAUUUUGAGAAGUAUAUAGUUGUUGGUAGAAUUGGUGAAUUGUGUCUAAUAUAUCUUGUUUAUUGUCACAGAUUGUAUUAUUUUGAUUGAUCAGUUGUUUAAUUUGUUUUUUUGCACCCUUUUUAACUUCUGCUAAUUUAUAUAUUUUAGAAUUAGUAGAUACAUCAAUUUGGGGUAUUUCUAAUUUUGAACGUAUAACGUAGCCUUGUUUGGUAUUAUAUUCUAUAAGCUCAAUUUUUGAUUUUAUCUCGUUUAUAGAGUUAUUCUUACUAGGUAUUUCAUUUUCUAGGGAUUCCAGUUGUUGAUAAAGGUUACUGAGGAUAUGUUUGUUCUCAACUGCUAAGGCUUGACAGUAAUUUUGUGUAAUAUUUCUAAUAGCUGCUUUACCUUUUUCCCACCAUUGUAUGUUGUCAAUGAUUUGGUAUUUUUUGUUUUGCCAGCUUGACCAGAAUGUUUUAAUUUGAUUUUGGUAGUUUUUAUCAUCUAGAAUAGAAUUGUUAAGUUUCCAAUAUCCUUUACCCCAUUUAAGAUUGUUAAGGUUGAUAUUUAGUUCCACUGCUUUAUGGUCAGUGAAAUGAAGUGGUAUAUGUUUAAUUGAUUUGAUGUAAGUUGCAUAUUUAUUACUUAUGUAAAUGCGGUCUAAUCUGCUAGCAUGUCCUUGUGAGUUGUGAUAGGUAAAAAGGGGAGUGUCAGGGGAGAUAAUUCUGUAACCAUCACUUAUAUUAAGUAGAUUUUGUAUAUCAAGUAGAUAUCUUAUAGCAUCUUUUGGAUGGUUAUUCAUGUUGCCAUGUUUGUUAUCUUUACUGUUUUCAAUAAGGUUAAAAUCACCAGUAAUAAUAUAAGAAUGUUGUAGAUUAUGAAUAGUUUUGACAUAUUCAAGAAGUCUCUUGUAGUAAUAAGUUUUCAAUUCUCUCUUGCAGGGACCAUAUAUAUUGAAUAUUUGAAUAGUUUCAUUAUUUGCAUUUACCUCCAGAUGUUGGAGCCUACCUGCUAAUUCAUCAGGUGUAUUGUAGAGUUUAUGUAUAAUGUUUGGGCUUAAUAAUAGGGCAAUGCCAAUCUUUGUUUCAUUAUAUGCAGUGUAUAAGUUAUAGCCAGUUUCGUUUUCAACAUUUUUUAUUUCAUGGACAUUGGAUUUUAGAAUUUCUUGUAUACAAACAAUAUCUAGUUUGUUAAAUAUAUUGCUAAUUUGUUUAAUCUUUUGAAGAUUUCCUUGUAGAGCGUUUAUGGAGUAAAUUAACAUAAUAAUUAGGUAAAUAAUAGGGAUAGAAGGCUUCAUUGUUAACUAAUAUGGUUUCAAGAACUUAUAACGUCUUAAUUUGUUUGAUCUCUAAACUUCUGUUUCGGUAAGCGGGGAUUCCGCUCGCGCCCUUUUAUCAUCUUUUUCUGUUUCGGAUAAACUAUCAAGGCUUCUUUCCCUUUUACUUACUGUGUCACACUUAGUGACUGUAGAGUUAUUUAACAAUGAGACAUCAGCGUCAUAGUUAAGAUUUGACUGCGAUGUUACAGGGAUAUCAUGGGAUGAGUUGUCAAUGAUACUGUUAUCCUCUAAAUACCUUUGACCCACUGAGGAUCCUGUGUUAAUGGGGGUGGAAGAAACAUGACCACUAGAUGUAUCAAUAAUAGACUUAUUAACAUCAUUGAUAAAAUGGCUAUCAGGGCUGAGGAUAACAUUUGUUGUAUCGGUAGUGAUAGGAAUGUCAUUGUUGACUACUGUAGUUUUUAUGGAGUCUAGAGUAGCUAAGUCCUGGUUUAGACUUCCUGGGUUUGCGGGUUUGACUUGACCAGAAUUAUAGACAUUUGUUUUUGUCGUAUUAUUUUUUGAGGGGAUAAUAUUAUUGACACCAGGGUUAUUGUCUUCACUAGGGUCAUAGCCUAAGACAUGGUUAUUGAUAUUUAGGUGCUCAUGAUUAGGUUCAUAAAUAUUAUCAAUAUUAUGGGUGGGUUCAGUGGCUAUAUCAGCAGAUACUAUAGCACUGUUUGGACUAGUUUGGGGUUGAAGGGCAGGAAAUUCCAUUUGAUCAUCAGGAUUUGGUGCAUUGGGGUUGGUUGGCAGACUAUAUCUUUUGUCUGGUUUUAUACAUUCACGGCCAAGAUGCCCAUGCAGGCCGCAGUUGUAACAAAUUUUGCCCCUAGUUUGGCCCUCAUAUUUAAUGGAUACAUGUAUCCCUUUUAUAUAAAUGUGCGAUGGAAUAGGUUUAAACAUUUUUUUUACAUAAACAAUUCUAACACCGCUUCCGACCGUUGGAAAUGGUUUGAAGCAGGAUCUGUCACAUUUAACCAAUUCACAAUAGUUCGUCAAUUUGUUAACCAGAUAUUUAUUGUCCAUUUCGAAUGGUAGGCCGAAGACCGCAACAGGAAUUGAAUCAACAGGGUAGUCCCAUGUGAUGUUUCCAGCCGACUCUACUGUAUAAUUGCAAUUCUUCACUGAGAAGGUCUUGAGAUUCUCAAGAAAUAACUCCUUGGCAAGUAUAUCCUUAAGAGUUAGGCAAAACUUGCCCUUACCUACAUUUUGGAGACAUUUUAUAUUGCUGAUGUCAAAAUCCUUAGCUUGUAGGAAAUAUAAUAUGUCUACUGAGGCAAUACCAGUGGAGGGGUUAUCAUCGUCGGGAAUCAGUUCAACAGUAUUGUCACGAAUUAUACGGUUUGUUACACUCAUCUCCCCAUUAGGGUUAAUUGUCAUCUUUGUCGAUUUUAUGUAACUCAUUGUCAAUAAAACACUUCAACAGCUUGUAUGUGGUCUUAAUUAGAGUUUAAAGCUGGUGAAUCACGGUGGCCAUAGACCGGCCAUGACAAUAUGGCUGACACCAACACUGAGAAUUCAAAUGUCUUGUCACAGUAGAACUCGAAUAGUUUAUACAAUUAUCAACUCUGAGAUAUUAAUCCAUUACAGGGUAGCUGGGUCGUAUCUAUACAAAAGAUAAGAUGGCCAUUGUCGGACACUAAAUAAAUAUCUUUGUAUUAGUACAAAUAAGGUUGUGGGGGUUUGUGCAUAAGAUUGCAUUAUAUAAGUACAACUAUAACAAUACACAAUUUGUACUAAGAAUACAAGAACAAAAAUCUUAUUUAACUUCAUGCACAUGGCCUCACUACCUGUGCUUUAUCAACUUCCCACUAUCCAUACAUGCUACCCUUUUGAAGGGCUUCAUAACUCAGCUGUUAAUAACCCUCUAAUCAUGCAGUAUCAGUGCUUAUUAGUAGCUAAUUACCUUGUUAUGUUUGUUGUUAUUGUUAAAUAUCCUUUACACCUUGAUUAUUUCUAUUACUGUUAUUCUUAAUCCAUGCAGAUGGUUUCUUAUUAAAUUCAUAUAUAUUGUCCACAAGUUUACUAAAUUGUCAUUGUCAUUGUCUGCGAUAUCACCUCGGUGGAAGCGGACGUAAAAUACAACUAACCCAUCAUCAUCAUCACUAAAUUGUAAUUUGUGCUUGAUAACAUUUGUCUGAGGAGGAAUGACUUCGCUUUUAACGACCAAGUAUACCUUCAGUCUUCCGGAACUGCGAUGGGAAAACGAUUUGCCCCGAGUUAUGCAAAUCUCUUCAUGGCGGAGUGGGAAAGGGAAGUUCUGCCACUCUGUCCAUUAAAACCAGAUUUCUAUGGGCGGUUUUUAGAUGACGUUUUCAUAGUCUGGACCUACACACUAGACGAAUUUUGGACGUUUUUCAACAUCCUGAACAAUCAUCAUCCAUCUAUCAAAUUAACCGCAAAUGUAAGCCAUAACAGCAUAGAUUUCCUUGAUACUACCGUUUUUAAAAGUAACAACACCAAAAUCACAGGCCAAUUGGAAACUAAAGUAUUUUUCAAAGAAACCGACACACAUCAAUUAUUGUUCAAAAGCUCCUUUCACCCAAAACAUACAUUCUCUGGCAUCAUAAAAUCUCAGAUUCUCCGUUUUCAUAGGAUAUGUACUCAGAAGACCGACUUUGAGUCAGCAUGUACAUUAGUAUUUAGCAAACUACGGGAAAGGGGAUACUCCAAACGCUAUCUACGACGUAUAAAAAACAACACUCUAGCUGAGCUUGCCGUCAAAGAAACAAAUAAUAUACAAUCAGCACAUAAAACCAAAAUUUGUGGCCAUCCAAGAUGUCAAACAUGCAAAAUCUUAAACAUAUCCGACCAUUUCCAUAACAAAACAUCUGGCACAAAAUUCCCAAUAUUAGACCAACUUUCAUGCAGUAGCUCAAACAUAAUUUAUCUUAUCUCAUGCAGAAAAUGUGACAAGCAAUACGUAGGGGAGACUCAAAAUGCACUUAGGGAAAGAAUUAACGGUCACCGGUCUGACAUAGUCACCAAAAAAGACAAACCUGUCUCAAUUCAUUUCAACCAACCAAAUCAUGACAUUUCAGAUCUCAUUGUCACGCCAAUAGAAAAGACCAAGAGCGACUUUGAAACUUCAGAAGAAAUUAAAACGUUUAGGCUAACAAGAGAAAAAUUCUGGAUUGACAAAUUGAAAACAACAGCCCCCCUAGGUUUGAAUAUUCAUACGGCUAGCGCAAUAGCUCCUUUUGUAGUUCCAUUUAGCGCAACAGCAGCAAGUGCGUCCAAAAUCAUCAGAAAACACUAUACUGAUCUUCAAGAAAAUCACCCGAAAAUAUUCACACAGAAACUUAUAAUUGCAUAUUCUAAAAAUAAAAAUCUGAACGACAUCCUAGUGCACAGUAAAUUAGAUUAAAUAAGACCAGUCUCCACCCUGACCCAAAACAAACCAUAUAUCAAAUCCUAUGCCUAACCGUUAGUAAUUAAAAUCAAUUAGAUAUAAGAAUCCCUAGCCGUAACCCGGUGAUGUGGAACAAACACGAUUUUUUUAUAAAAUCCAAUCCGUUGUAGGAAACACACUAAUGUGGCUCUCUCCCGAGAGCCUCAAAUUUAUUUUCUUUUCU